UCUCGCCCGCUUGGUAGCAUUUCUCUUCUGCUGCCAUAUCUUUGUUGCAUUUUGCAUCUGUGUUUAAUCGACAAGUCACUCGUUUCAUUCGUCUUUUUUUCCCCUCUCCCACUUACUCCCGACUGGUCCAUACUUCCCACCGUUCGUUCGCUUUCCUGGAGUCAGGGCAUGUAGGAGAAAAUUGGGUGCCAUUCUUAUCUUUUGGAGUCGCGCAAUUACCGGUGCAGACCACUUUCCUGAUGUUCAUCACGGAAAUGCAGCGCUCGGCGAUUCUCAUCCUAUCGUUGCUGAGCGUCACUGUAUUCGGCUGGCCGUACGAUGAAUCACUCGUUGACUAUAAUUUGAACGAAAACAAAACAGCAACACAUCCCAUCGAUUACUGGGGAGAAUGGUCCGGUCACGACUAUCAUCCUUCGCCGGAUAACUGGCGCUUUCCCGUUUAUACGAUUUUCUUGGAUCGCAUUGCCAACGGUGAUCCCGCAAACGAUGACAUUAACGGAACCACAUUCGAGCAUGUGUUGAACUCGAAUCAGAUGCGCCAUGGAGGUGAUCUGGUUGGCUUGAUUGAUUCGCUGGAUUACAUCCGCGGCAUGGGGUUCAAGGCUAUCUACUUUGCUGGAACAGCUUUGAUGAACCUUCCGUGGGCCUACGAUGGCUAUUCCCCCGUCGAUACCACCCUUCUCGACAUGCACCACGGUACACUCGAGGACUGGCGACGAACCGUGAACGAGAUCCAUGAUCGCGACAUGUAUGUGAUCAUGGACAAUACGCUGGCAACCUUGAGCAACUUGAUCGGUUUCAAAGGCCACCUUAACGACUCGGCUGAUUUCGACCCAAAAGAAUACGAAGUUGAGUAUAUCUCAGAGAGGCAGUAUGCGGACUUCCAUUUUGGGAACGAUUACAACGAGACUUGCAACUACCCAAGGUUCUGGAACGAGACCGGAUAUCCAUUGACUGGCGGAGGCGUCGAGGAGUUGAAAGGCUGCUACAACAGUGAUUUCGACCAGUAUGGAGAAUUGGAGGCCUUCGGUAACUUCCCCGACUGGAAGCGACAACUUACGAAGUUCGCCUCGGUGCAGGAUCGUCUCAGAGAAUGGCACAAGCCUGUUCGCGAUAUCAUUACCCAGCAUUCCUGCAUUGUGAUCGCGAGUCUGGAUAUCGAUGGUUUCCGGUUUGAUAAAGCUGUACAGUCCACUUUAGACGCCCUGGGUGAUAUGACGGCGGUCUACCGUGAAUGUGCGAAGAAGUACGGAAAGAAAAACUUCUUCCUUCCCGGAGAAAUCACGUCUGGAAAUACCUUCGGUAGUCUUUAUCUCGGUCGUGGUCGUCAGCCUGACCAGAAGCCCGCUUCAGCGGGCGCUGCUGUCAAGUUGACGAACACCUCGGAUGAGUAUUUUCUUCGCGAGGAUGGGCUUCAGGCACUUGAUGCCGCUGCCUUUCACUACACGAUCUACCGGUCAAUGACACGUUUCCUCGGGAUGGACGGUAAUUUGGUUGCUGGUUUCGACUUGCCCACCGAUUUCAUUGAGGCUUGGAACGGAAUGUUGGUCACUAACGACAUGAUCAACGCAAUCACGGGCGAGCUGGACCCGAGACACAUGUACGGUGUCUCGAACCAGGAUAACUUCCGUUGGCCGGCUAUCAAGAACGGCACCGAUAAGUACCUCCUAGGUUUGUAUAUUGUCACCCUGGAGCUUCCUGGUAUACCUCUAGUCCUUUGGGGUGAAGAGCAAGCCAUGUACGUGUUUGACGCCACAGCCUCCAAUUAUCUGUUUGGUCGACAGCCCAUGACCUACCACACGGCUUGGUGGACGCACGGCUGCUUUCACCUGAACACUUCCAAGUUCUACGAUUUCCCCAACGAGAAGGGAUUGUACGGCUGCCACGAUAUUACUGUCACUUACGACCAGCGGAACCCGGCCCACCCUCUUCGCAACAUCAUGAAGCGCAUGUUUGAGGUCCGCGAACACUAUCCGGCCGCCAAUGAUGGCUUCUACCUCGAAACCAUUUCUCAGCUCACCAAGGAUGUCUACCUGCCUGGUUCGUCGACCACGCCGACAGUUACCGGUCUCUGGUCAGUGUUGCGCAGUUACUUCCCAGGCGUCCAGAAGGAGUCGAAUGGGGCCAACAAUACCAUUUGGCUCGUCUACCAUAACGAUAACAAGACAGUGACGUACGGUGAGAAUUGCAGUAACAAGAGUUCUGCACUGCUGGCUCCAUUCAAGUCGGGCUCGAAGCUUAAGAAUGUUUUCUACCCGUAUGAUGAGCUCAAACUCGAAGACGGUCCCGGCGGCCAGGACUACGGCUGUUAUCGUGGUAUGAAGCUGCUUCCUUGGGAGUACCGUGCCUACAUUGAGGCCGAGAAUUUUAUUGAGCCUCGUCCUGCUGUCACCGAGUUUACUCCUGGUCAUGACGUGCGUCUGCUCUCAACGGAAGACCAAGCUCAGACAAUCGAUAUUUCCCUCGGAUACUCGAAGGAGAUGAAGAGUUGCGAUGAGAUCACAAAAGCAAUCUCCCUGAACUCCACAACGCACAAAGGCAUUACAGCUUCGCUAGACAAAUCUAGUGUUAACUGCACCACAAUCAGUGCGAGAACAAGCAAGGAAAACUACGUCGGCGAAAUCCCCACGAUAUGGACAUGGUCCGCCAAGUUGAACAACGUCUACCACGGUGUUCACCAGCUAACUGUCAAGAAUGUUACCAGCAAAUCUGGAAAAUACACCGAUUCUGUUGACAAGUUCUUGUUCCGUGUUGGAUCUCCGACUAAUCCCUUGAUCUCUCCGUUGAUGAACUACUCAACCUCAUUGGUGCACAAAACCGACAAUGGCAACAUCAUCGUCCAGCAUGAGGCUGCGGGUGCAGAUCAGUUCCGCUAUUCGACUACAUUUGGCCGCAGUUGGUCUAACUGGACUACGUAUGAAGGUGGUAACACCACCAUCCACGAACUUGACUUUCACGGCACGAAAUCUCAAAAAUGGAAGGGAACACACGUUCAGGUGCAAUACUUCUCCAGACUCACCGGUAGCAGUGCAUACGUGCAGGAAGGUGAUGUCGAUUGGGAGGAAGGUGUACCCCGUCGAUUCCCUCAUCUGUGGUGGAAUGGUCCGUACAACCAAUAUGGUUAUGAUUCUGGGCUGGAUGCAAAGAUGCGUUACGACAAAAAGGAGCAGCGCUGGAAGUACGACUUCGUCACCGAGUGGCCGUCUGUGGGACAGGUCAGUGUCUGGGGAAUGGGACCAGGUGGUAUUCCUGAUACCACAGAGGUCUAUGGCGAUGUCGAUAACUCGUCUGUGGUGCAAAAGCUGCCUCCUUCGUAUCUUUCUUCGAACGUGAUCAACAUCACUGACCUGCCCCCCUUCCCGCACCUUGGGUGGACGAUUUCGCUGAACGAUGCCACAUUCCGGUAUGACUUGCUCCCUGUUGGCUCGGGGUGGGCGCAGCUUGUACUCUAUAUCCUGCUGUGGGUUCUUCCCAUUCUCAUGGGACUUGCAGGUGUUUACUUGUUCAUCCGGACGUUCUAUCGCGUCGAACUCAAUACGGACGGUAACAUGGCUACCAAGGCUGGCGCAAUGCCGCUUGUCUUCUGGCGCAGACUCAAAGACAAACUUGGCAGUGACGACGACUCGGUUCACGCAAUGUCUGACGUAUCAGGGCCGAUGGAUGUGGCAAUCGCUGGCGUUCCUGAAGAAAGACGGACAGUGUUGAUCGCUACUAUGGAAUACAACAUUGAGGACUGGAAGAUUAAGGUCAAGAUCGGUGGUCUUGGUGUGAUGGCGCAGCUCAUGUCUGCGAACUUGAAGCACCAGAACCUGAUCUGGGUGGUACCUUGCGUGGGGGAUAUUGAGUACCCCACAGACUCGCCCGCUGAACCUUUUACCGUCACUAUCUUGGAUAAGCCGUACCUCGUUAAUGUCCAGUACCACAUCGUGGAUAACAUUACCUACGUGCUUCUCGACGCGCCAGUCUUCCGUCAGCAAACAAAAGCAGAGCCUUACCCACCGCGUAUGGAUGAUCUUGAGAGUUCAAUCUACUACUCCGCCUGGAACCAGUGCAUUGCUGAGACUAUCAAGCGAUUCCCGUCGAUUAACCUCUACCACAUCAACGAUUUCCACGGCUGCUUGGCACCGCUCUACCUGCUGCCAAAUCAGACGAUUCCUGUUUGCUUGUCUCUGCAUAACGCUGAGUUCCAGGGUCUCUGGCCGCUACGAACCCAACAAGAGAAGAAGGAAGUCUGUUCAGUCUUCAACCUUCCCGUUGAAGUUGCUACCAAGUACUCUCAGUUUGGAAACGUGCUUAACCUUCUUCACACUGGAGCCAGCUACCUCCGAUUCCAUCAACGCGGCUUUGGCGCAGUGGGUGUGUCUAACAAAUACGGCAAGCGCUCUUGGGCUCGUUACCCAAUUUUCUGGAGUCUCGAGAAAAUCGGCAGUCUGCCUAACCCGGACCCUUCUGACACUGCUGCCCUUGACGAGAAUGCGGACGCUCCGCUCCUAUCCACGCAAGAACGAAUUGAGCACAAGCUGCAGGCGCAGAAGUGGGCUGGGCUAAACGAGGACCGUGACGCUGACCUGCUCGUGUUCGUGGGCCGAUGGUCGAAACAAAAGGGUGUCGAUCUGAUCGCCGAUGUCAUGCCGUCAAUCUUGUCCGCCAGACCUCAUGUCCAAUUGAUUUGUGUGGGCCCAACUAUCGAUCUCUAUGGUAAGCUGGCGGCGACGAAACUCGAGCGAAUCAUGGAGAUGUUCCCUGGAAGAGUUUUCUCUAAGCCAGAGUUCACGGUCUUGCCUCCUUAUGUCUUUUCCGGUGCUGACUUCGCGCUCAUCCCGUCGCGUGAUGAGCCCUUCGGCUUGGUUGCUGUUGAAUUCGGACGAAAGGGUGCCCUUGGAAUCGGUUCUCGUAUUGGUGGACUUGGCCAAAUGCCAGGAUGGUGGUACACUGUGGAAUCGGAUGCGACGCGCCAUUUGUUGCAUCAAUUGAAAAAGGCUAUCAAAUCUGCGCUCGACUCAUCACAGGAAACGCGCGAGGACAUGCGUGCCAAUUCCGCUAAGCAGCGUUUCCCUGUGCUCGAAUGGAUCCAGAAACUUGAAGUGCUGCAGCGUACCGCGAUCCAAAUCCAUUACAAGAAGAACCAGGGCACUGUUGUAGGUCCCAUGCCCGAAUCACAGACUUACUGGGAGACACCGAGUAUGCCUGCGAGUGCGCGCAACUCUACUUUGAGCCUUACUGGGCUUGCUGAUGGCGGCUCGGACAACUCUCCAGGAAAGGUGAUGCUGAACGCACAAUCGCGUCUCCAGGAAUUGCAGGCGGAUGACAACAGGAACAGCGGCCUCGGUCGCAAACUCUCUCUUGGCCGACGAGAUGGACCUGGUCAAGGCAAGAAGCUUUUUGGCAAGCCACGCAACAGCAGGAUUACUGAGCAAGACGACGACGACCUGACGGACUUCGAUGAAGAUACCGAUGCUAAUCAACAGUCGGACUACAUCUCUCCCGAUGAGGCGAUGAGGGCAGUCAAUAGCACUCUUGCGGCGCAGGAACUCGGACAGACCCUUGGAAACGGAAGCUCGCUCUCACUGGCCGGCCCUCGACGAGGUUCUCACCUUGUGGUGCCAGGCUCGCCGUCCCAAAUCUCGCGGGCUUCUUCUCCACUUCCGACACCGGGCGAGUGGCCUUUGACCCCAGGUCAAUUCAGCGAAACCACACCCUUCGCCCAUGCUCGCAAUGUGUCCGUUUUGUCUUUGCCGUCCGUCGUGGGUGACCACAGCCAUGGAAAUGAGACUCAGCCUGUCUUUGAACUACAGAAGGUUGACCCUACCUUCACGGACAGCAUGGGUCACUUCACUCGGCGCUUUGAGGAGCGUCUCAGGAAGUACGACAAGAACUCCAUCAACGACGACUGCAUCGAAACCUAUUUGAUGAAGAGUGAACGCAAGUUCUUCAACAUGUACAAUGACGCGCAGCUGAAGAAGCACAGCAUGGACCGUCCCAUGACCUCGCCUAAAUCCGAGAAUUUCCUCCAGGAUACUUCGUAUAACCGUGUCUCAGACGCCGGACCGAACUCCAAUGAAGACGAGAUCGACCGAUGGCUCUCCCGUCUGGGGUACAGUCGCCCGAUGUUCCUUCAGCGGUUCAUGAGACGGCGCAUCGGUAACUGGCCUAUUUACGCCCUGUUCCUCGGUCUCGGACAGAUCAUCGCGACCAACUCGGCGCAAAUGACCCUGUUGGCCGGUCAAGUCGGUGAAACGGCUACCAAGGUCUACAUCAUUGCCGCAAUUUACUGCAUUUCCUCGAUCUGUUGGUGGUUCCUUUAUUACACCCUGCCAUCCGUGAUCGUCCUCAGUCUUCCCUGGUUCAUUUACUGCAUGGCGUUUGUGGUUAUGGGUAUUUCACCGUUCGGUGCCUCCAGUCUCGGCCGCGCAUGGGCUCAAAACGUAGCAGCUGGUGUUUACGCUGCUGCCUCCUCCAGCGGUUCGCUCUUCUUCGCCCUGAACUUCGGUGAUCAGGGUGCAGUUCCCGUCAAGGAUUGGAUGUUCCGCGCCGCCAUGAUUCAGGGCAUUCAGCAACUCUACACCGUUGCCCUCUGGUACUGGAGUCAAAGAGUUACGACGGUCGAGGUUGCUGGUGUCUCCACUCUUGCUCUGAACACCUGGCGCCUGACCGCAGUCGUGAUGCCCAUCGCCGCCUUGUGUUUCGUGAUUGGUGUUAUCCUUGCUCUCGGUCUACCGAAGUACUACCGUCAAGCACCGAGCCGUAUCCUCGACUUUUACACCUCCCUCCUCCGCCGCCGCAUCGUCCUCUGGUUUUUCUUCAUGGUGAUCAUCCAGAACUGGUUCCUUGCCGCCGCAACUGGUCGCAACUGGUCCUUCCUGUGGGCUUCCAAGCAUACAAAGACCUGGGAAGUUGUUGUAAUGGUGAUCGGGUUCUUCGUCGUCCUUUGGAUUGCCGUAAUGCUUCUGUUCCGGUACCUGGGUAAGGAGCAUACCUGGGCCCUUCCCGUCUUCGGGUUGAGUCUCGGUGCUCCCCGUUGGGCCCAAACCUGGUGGGGAACUUCAAAUAUCGGACACUACCUUCCUUGGGCUGGUAGCCUUACGUCUGGCGCGCUUGUUUCGCGAGCAAUCUGGCUCUGGCUGGGUGUCCUCGAUGAAAUCCAGCAAGUUGGACUGGGUAUGAUUCUCCUGCAAACGUUGACCCGUGUUCACGUUUGUUUCGUUCUUUUGGCCGCGCAGGCCCUCGGUUCCAUCGCAACCAUGGCCGCUCGUGGCUUCGCCCCGAACAAGGUGGGACCGGGCGGUGUUUCCCCCGACGUGGGCACCAGUGUUGACAAGGUUGGAAACGCGUGGUUCUGGAUCUCGCUAUUCUUCCAACUUCUGGCAGCCUGGGGAUUCUUCUUCUUCUACAGAAAAGAACAGCUUAAUAGGCCUUGAUGUGAUCAUGACUUGUGCUUUAGUCUUGUUUUGCAUAUAUCCUUUUCAUUGCAUCUAUAGAAGGCCUGCAUAGACUCUUUUGGGUCUUUUUUUUGGUUUUGUCUUUGGUCUACUAAUGGUGGACUUUGUUCGUGUCUAGCGUUGCGAGUAUGAGAUAGAGUGAGUGUAUAUACUCAUGAGUACAUAGUUCGUUUUCUUGGAUAUGUAUUU